GUAAAAAUCAGACAACUCAUCCUCUCCCGUUCCUUUUCUCUCUCGACGAGGGUCCGUACGAAAUACGAAGCAGCGAAAACAGAAGAGGCAAGGGCCAAAACAAACAGGGAAAAAAAUAAAUAAAUAAAAAUAAAUAAAUAAAUCUAGGGUUUCAAAUUCCCCUCUCUUUUCUCCGUCAAUUCCCCUCCCUUUUUUCUCACUUUCCCUCGCUUUCCCCCGGCGCCGGUGAUAUCGUUCUCUCCAUUCGCAGGGAGGGUUCUGCCGGCUGGGUUGGAUUGGUUUUCUGUUCGACAGGUCAGUGGAUCCCGAAUUUUCCCAGGAAAAUCGUCUCUUUCUUCUUGAUCCUUCAUUUUCCCGGGAAAAUCCUCCUACGGUUGCAGCUGUUGCUGGCCUGCUUCGGUUAUUGAUUGCGCAAUUUUCUUUGAGGUUAAGGGGUUCGGUACCUGACUGACUUUUUUUAUUGUGAGAGGAGAGCUUGGCGUUGGAAUUGAGGAAGGAUCUGUAAUUCUAUAUGAAAGAGAGAGGAUUUGAUAUCUCCAAGAUUUGUUUUUCUUUGAAUUCUUAAUCUGUUUCUGGUUGAGUUUGAAUGCUUAAUUGUAUAUGGAUUCCGAGGCUAUUCCACCGCCGCGUGUAGAUUUGGUAAAAUGCUGUAAUUGUGACUGUAGUUGUUCUUUGAUUAAUGGUAGUUAUUCAGGCACGUGGUUAAGGUCUGUGAAGAGAAAGUUUGAUGAGUUUGAGGAUGGCGGUAGAUUUGUUUUACCUGGGUUUGAUUAUUUGUCUGUUGCCCGAGUUGAGGUUGAGAAUGAAUGCACAGCAUUGCGGGAGAUGGUUGCCAGCCAGCAGCAAUCAAUACAAGAUUUGUAUAUGGAGUUGGAGGAGGAGAGAAAUGCAGCAUCUUCAGCUGCAAACGAGGCCAUGUCAAUGAUACUGAGGUUGCAGAGGGAGAAGGCUGAGGUGCAGAUGGAAGCGCGGCAAUUCAAACGUUUUGCAGAGGAGAAGAUGGCACAUGACCAGGAAGAGAUUUUUGCACUGGAGGAUCUGUUGUAUAAGAGGGAGCAGGCUAUUCAAGCGCUUACUUGUGAAGUGCAGGCUUACAAACAUAGGAUGAUGAGUUAUGGCCUCACUGAGGCAGAGGCAGAGGGAGAGGGGGAGAAGGGAGGCCACGCCCGCAGUCAGAGUAUGUUUGAAACCUUUGAUGCUCAAUUUCAAUUCCCGGCUUAUGAUUACCCUCCUUUGAAAUGUAAUCUGAAUGAGCCAUUAGUCCAUUCAGAGCAUGACAAUGAGACGGCUGAUGUUGAGAAAUAUGCAUUUGGUGAGACCCCUCGUGAUCGGGAACAUUUGAAGAAUUUGGAAUACAGGAUCUGUCAGUUGGAGGGGACUCCAAGAAGCAAUGAGCAUGAUGGAGAUCUUGGCGGUACAAAGAAUAUUCUAGAAAAAGUGAUAGUCAAUCAAUCACCUAGGCGGGCAAGACAUUUGAGGAGGUUCUCAACAGAGAGUUCAAAUUCUCUCUUGGGUUCUGCCAGGGAAAUGGGUCAAGAUUUCACAGCAGAAUCUCCUAGGCCUGGUAGUAGCUUUAAUAAGACAGAGUACAUCUCACACAUGGAGGACUACUCCAAUGUGAAAAAAUUUGAUGAUGCAUCAGAAAAUGGAGAUGACAUGAGUGACCGGGUAUAUACCAUUGAUUCUGUCCAUAAUGGAGUAUCAUACAAUGGUGUUACGGAGACAAAAGCUUCUGUUGGGAUGGGUGAAGAUUAUGUGACCACUCCUAGGGGUUCAUUGAAGAGGGCUGAUGUAGGAGAUCCCGAUAUUAAGAAGCUUUACAUGCGGCUUCAGGCUCUAGAGGCUGAUAGGGAGUCGAUGAAGCAAGCACUUAUUUCAAUGAGGACUGAUAAAGCUCAAUUGGUAUUACUGAAGGAAAUAGCUCAACAGUUGUGUAAAGAAGCCACGCCACAAAGAAGGAUGCCCAUUAAAAAGGCAUCUGUCCUUCGAAGCUUUUCACUCGUGGAGGUAUUGAAGUGGGUCUUGUCUUUCAUUUUCUGGAGGAAGAGAGCACGUCGAAGCAAGCAUACAUUUGGGCUGUCUGCCAACAACGUAGGUUUGCUGAUGCUUUUGGACAAGGGUCCCCGAAUGAGAAAUUGGAGAUGUCUUACAAGUGCACAAGUGUGAAAACAGUUCCUAGAGUUGCAUACCCAUCUACGAAGUCUGGCUGUGUUCAUAACAUGUGAUUGCAGAGUGGAUUUUCAAUCACUCUACCGCUGUAGGUUUUAAAUUCUUUUGCCGGAUUCCCUGUUGCUGCAGAAUUGGGCUUUUGGGAAUUUUUGUGCAGUUUUUAUUUCAUUUCAUUGCCUUGGAAUUGAAUAUAUUUUCUGGUUGAUGAGUAAAACCACGGAACAGUAUAGGCUUGCUUGUUCAUAUGGUUUGUUGGAAUUCAGCUCGAGGUAUGUCUUCUGACAGUCCUCUACUGUAUAUUACAGUCCUGUAUGUUUUUCCAUUGAGUUAAUUUGAAGCCCAUUCUUUACCCAUGAAGAGUGCAGGUUUGAUUCUGAUGGUCUCUAAUGCUGUGUUUUCUUUGUAAUGGCAGUAAUUCUUUUCCCUUUGUUGGAAUGUUUGAAGUCCAUUGAAUGGACUAAAUUUGGGAAAUUCUCUGAUGAGUCACAGCCCUCUCUCGGUUAGGUUUGGUUGGUUACCAUGUAAUACUGAAUCUUGCUUGGCAAAAAGGCUGUAUAUUUAUAUACAAUUAUGACCAUUCAGAAUAAAAAUCAAACAGUGGAGGUGUUUUUUU